UGCUGAGGCAGAUCUGGCUAGUUUCGCGCUCAUCGGCUGUCAGUAACAGCGGCACACACACACGAGUCUGAACUCCGCGUCUCUUUGUCCGCAAUCAUCAUGACACACAGGUGAUCUUCAGUCCCGGUGCUUCUGGGAGUCCAGGUCUGUGUGGUGAGCGAGAGAAAAAGAGGCCACUGAGAAGGGAUUGCCCAGGGCCACAGCGCCCAGAGUCUGAAGGAGAGCAGCAGUUUUCCAGGCAGGACUGAAGAUCAGGAUGGAGAAGGAAGACGUGAAGAUUGUCAACAAGGGUUUGGAGGAUGAGAUGGAGUUGAGUGGAUAUCGGCUGUGCCGAUGGAAGCUGGUUCUGGUGGCAGUCGGCGGUCUCUGUACGGGCGGUUUUCUCUUCCUGCUGCUCUAUUGGAUGCCUGAAUGGUGCGUGAAGGCCACAUGCACACGGACCGCCAUCAGAGAUGCCGAAGUCGCCCUCUUACGAAGCACUGACGAGUUUAAACGCUGGUUUCGAGCGAAGGUUCGGGUAAUGCUGGCCCCUGGGAAGAACGCUUACGACAGCCUGGUACCUCAGACCGCAUCCCUUCAGGCCAAUGACCAUGCCCACAACACAUCUGACUCCGCUCCUGAUAAAAUCACCAGGAACACGGGGGACCAACAUGUACAGGUACUGCAGAUCCGUUAUUUUACCCUCCAUAGCACUAAAUACUUUUGGAAUGACACCAUCCAGAACUUUGAAGUGUUGACAGGCCUGGAGGAUCUGGGCAUGUCCUGCUCAUCCAUUCACUCAAAGCACAGUGCAGGGCUCAGCAAAAACCAGCAGGAGUACAGGAGAUAUUUUUUCGGACUGAAUGAAAUAGACGUGAAAGUGCCUUCUCUUUUCAAGCUGCUAAUAAAGGAGGUCCUCAAUCCUUUCUACAUCUUCCAGCUCUUCAGUGUUAUCCUCUGGUGUACUGAUGAAUAUUAUUACUACGCAAUGGCCAUCAUCGUCAUGUCAGUUAUAUCAAUAGCUACCUCGCUCUACACUAUUAAAAAGCAAUAUGUAAUGCUACACGACAUGGUGGCAACACACAGUACUGUUCGAGUGACCAUCUACAGGGGCGAAAACGAAACAGAGGAAGCCCUGUCCACAGACCUGGUCCCCGGUGAUGUCAUUGUCAUUCCCAGUAACGGGACCAUCAUGCCAUGUGACGCAGUGCUCAUCUGUGGAACCUGCAUUGUUAAUGAGAGCAUGCUAACAGGUGAGAGUGUUCCAGUCACAAAGACAGACCUUCCAAACCCUCAGCAGGACAAGAGUGGUGGUGAUGGAGACACAAUUUACAGCACAGAGGAACACAAGAGACACACACUGUUCUGCGGCACAAACGUCAUCCAGACCCGCUACUACACAGGAGAACUGGUCAAAGCCGUGGUGGUCCGGACCGGUUUCAGCACUGCUAAAGGGCAGCUCAUCCGGUCGAUACUGUACCCCAAACCCACUGACUUCAAACUGUACAGGGAUGCCUACCUGUUCCUGCUGUGUCUCGUGGCCGUGGCCAGUGUUGUCUUUGUCUAUUCAUUGGCUAUGAAAAUCAUUAACAAGGAACCAGUUAAGGAGAUCAUUGUCAAGUCUCUGGACAUCAUCACCAUCACAGUGCCCCCUGCGCUGCCGGCAGCCAUGACAGCGGGUAUUGUCUACGCUCAACGGCGCCUCAGGAAAGUGGGGAUAUUCUCCAUCAGUCCACAGAGAAUCAACAUCUGUGGUCAGUUGAACCUGGUGUGCUUUGACAAGACAGGCACACUCACAGAAGAUGGCUUGGACAUGUGGGGAAUUCAGAGGGCAGAAGACGGCAGAUUCCAUCUUUCAGAGGAAAAAGCAGAGGACAAAAGCUUGGUGAUGACUAAGUUUGUGUCCUGCAUGGCCACCUGUCACUCCCUCACUAAGAUCGAGGGUCAGCUCUCUGGUGAUCCACUGGACCUCAAGAUGUUUGAGGCCACGGGCUGGAUCCUGGUGGAAGCCACAGAAGAGGAGACGGCUCAUCACGACCGCAUUGAGCUCACUUACGUAAAACCGCCCAGUCAGCUGCUUCCACCACCAGUGAUCUCACCAGAGCAGGACAUGGAGCUGUCUGAACUCUACGAGCUGUCGGCGUCAUAUAUGAUCGGUAUUGUGCGGCAGUUCUCGUUCUCAUCCGCCCUGCAGAGAAUGAGUGUUGUGGUUCGUCAGAUUGGAGAGAGACGUAUGGAUGCGUACCUGAAAGGAGCACCGGAGGUCGUGGCAAGCCUGUGCAAGAAAGAGACAGUACCAGAGGAUUUCGCAGAGGUUCUGGAAGACUACACCAAACAGGGCUUCCGGGUCAUCGCGCUGGCACACCGACGGCUAGAAUCCAAACUCACGUUUCACAAAGUGCAGAACAUCAACAGGGAUCAAAUAGAGAAGAAUAUGGAUUUUCUGGGUUUGAUUAUCAUGCAGAACAAACUGAAAACAGAGACUCCAGGCGUACUGGAAGAUCUACGACGUGCCAACAUUCGCACCGUUAUGGUCACAGGUGACAACAUGCUUACAGCUAUCUCUGUGGCACGAGACUGCGGUAUGAUUCAGCCGCAAGACCGAGUCAUUAUUGCUGAAGCUCUGCCCCCUAAAGACGGCCAGGCUGCCAAGAUCAACUGGCACUAUGCCGACAAACCCAGCAAACACUCGAACAAGACUAGCAAACUAGAGGAGAUGGAGAUAAUAAUGGAGGAUGGACAUGCCAUGGAUGAUCAGAGACUGCAGGAACAGUAUCACUUUGCCAUGAGCGGAAAAUCUUUUGCUGUUGUUACAGAGCAUUUCCAGGACCUGCUGCAGAAGAUGGUGCUUCAUGGAACAGUAUUUGCGAGGAUGGCCCCCGACCAGAAGACUCAACUUGUUGAGACUUUAGAAAGUGUAGAUUACUUUGUAGGAAUGUGUGGAGACGGAGCCAAUGACUGUGGGGCGCUAAAGAGAGCUCAUGCUGGAAUCUCCCUGUCAGAGCUGGAGGCUUCAGUGGCAUCUCCAUUCACCUCCACGACUCCCAGCAUCUCCUGUGUGCCCAAUCUGAUCAGGGAGGGAAGAGCGGCUCUCAUCACCUCAUUCUGUGUGUUUAAGUUCAUGGCUUUGUACAGUAUUAUUCAAUGUCUCAGUGUCGCCCUGCUGUACUCGAUUGGCAGUAACCUUGGAGAUUUUCAGUUUCUCUUCAUUGAUAUAGCGAUCAUUCUUCUUAUUGUUUUCACCAUGAGUCUGAACUCAGCGUGGAAGGAGCUGGUGGCUCUGCGACCUCCCUCUGGUCUCAUCUCGGGUCCCAUUCUCUUCUCCGUUCUCACCCAGAUUGUAAUUUGUCUGGGUUUUCAGGUCAUGGCCUUCCUCUUGAUUCAAACUCCAGACUGGUACUUGAACUCUGAUUUCUACAACUGCUCCACUCCCAGUCACGCUGAUAACGCCACAGAGAGCGAAGAGAAAAUCAUGAACGAUGUGAAUACCACACUCUUCUUCAUCUCCUCUUUCCAGUACCUCAUCAUUGCCAUCGUCUUCUCCAAAGGAAAACCUUUCCGUCAGCCCAGCUAUAAGAACUGGCCGUUCGUGCUUUCCUCUUUCAUUCUCAUCGCUUUCCUGUUGUUCAUCAUGUUCGUUCCUAUCUCUGGCAUAUAUCAGUUUUUAGAGCUUGUGUGUGUUCCUCUGUACUGGCGAGUGACUAUGGUGUUUAUCGUGCUAAGCAACAUCAUAGUGUCUGUCUUCAUUGAGACCGUCGUGCUUGACGUCAUCUUAUGGAAGCAUGUGUUCAGCAGAGACAAGCAGGGCAGCUGUGGCGUCUCCCCUGCAGGCCCGACACCACAGGGUGGAAUAGAUAUGUAUGGAUCUAAAUGCCUCUCCUGGCUGUGCUGCCGGCAGAGAAAAGUGCCCAAGGCUCGGUACAUGCACCUGGCCCAAGAACUGAGUGUGGAUCCCGACUGGCCUCCCAAACCUAAGAGCACUACUGAAGCCAAACCCGCCUCUCAAACGGAUGAACGUUCUUACCAGAUCGAGGCAGUUUCCUAGCAUUUCCACACACUCCAUUCUGCACAUCCAAACCACCAGGGAUUUCUUAAGCACGUGAAUCGCUUUUUGUUAAAAGAGACGCCAAAAAACAGAAAUUUUUAAUAACACCUCAUGGAUUUUCCUGUUUUUUUUUUUUUUUUUUUUAAACUGUCUCCCUUUUUUCUUUUUCGCUGCUCAACAUUUGUUUUUUGGGGUCUCUUUUUCUUUUAAUGGCUUGGCUCACAGGCUGGGAACUGUUUGCCCCGCCCUAAUAUUCCCUUCAGCAAAACAAAAUGUAAAAAAUGGAUCAAACUCAUUAUUACCAGAUGUGGCUCUUUCAUGGACCGGGUGGAUUUCAUCUGAUGCAUCUCUGAGCAGUUUUGGCUGUGCAAGUGCAGGAACUCAAGCGUUAUGAUCCUGUCGUUGUAGUUCGGGCUCAAUGGGCUGCGUGCUGUCGCAUUGUAAACCAUCACUGCAGUCUGCAUGUGCAACAAACCAAACUGUAAUGGCUCACAACAUCCAACAUCCAUCUUCAUAUUUCAACAGAGAUAUAUAAUGAAAUAUUAUUAUUAUUAUUAUUAUUAUUAUUAUUAUUAUUUUCAUAUCUCUUCCCAUGGAAGAAUCGAGGCAGGAUUCAGUUGUGUAAGGCCAAACAUUGUUAAAGUCGUUUGUGUUUUGUUCACGUCUCUUGGCGACAGGUUUUGAUUUGUUCCAGCCUGAAACUCUUCGGCAUCAUAAGUAUUGCAGUGACAUGGGCUGUUUCUGAAUAGAAUUUCAUGAGGAAUCUCUGUACCAAAUUCUGGUGCACUUUACAUUAGUCUUCAUGUUUUUACACUAUGAUUGCUAUUGUAAUGAAAUGGUAAUAACAUGUAGUACUUGUAAUAUGGACACUAAUGUAAAGUAUUAAUGCAAUUUAGCUCAUUCACAGUCUGCAGAAGGAAUCAUUGGACACUUGAUUGUCAUUUCUUACCUGAUAGAGAUCCAUUCGAUUUGUCAUAUAAAGGAAAAUUGCCUUUGACACUCGCAAACUAAAUAACAAACCAGGGCCUGAAAUUCAUUUCUGGAAAUGGGGUGAAUGAAACACGUAAUUCUGAAACAUCAAAAAUUUCAUUUAAAAACAUUUUUACUUUUAAAGUUGACAAAAUGCAUUGAAUGUUAACAGAUGAAAUCAUGAGUGAGAGGACCUUACUGCUAAAUUAAAAAUAGAUGGACCUAUAUUAAAGACUGUAGUAAGAUUAUAUAUUAAAUAUUAUGUUUAUAUUAUUAAUAUUAUAGUAUUUACAGUUGUGGCCAAAAAUAUUGGCACCCUUAGUAAAUAUGAGCAAAAUUGUUUUGUCUGCAUUGUCUAUACAUUUGAUCUUUCAUUAAAAAUAAAUCACAAAAAUCUAACCUUUAAUUGAAGUAAAACAAUUGAAAGAGGGGAAAUAUCUCAUUAUUAAAUAAAUAUUUUUCUCAAACGCAUUGGCCAUAAUUAUCGGCACCUUUUAUUCAAUACUUUGUGCAACCUCCCUUUGCCAAGAUAACAGCUCUGAGUCUUCUCCUAAAAUGCCUAAUGAGGUUGGAGAACACCUGGCAACAGAUCUGAGAUCAUUCAUCCAUACAGAAUCUCUCCAGAUCCUUCAAAUUCAGAGGUCCAUACCGGUGGACUCUCCUCUUCAGUUCACCCCACAGGUUUUCUAUGGGGUUCAGGUCAGGGGACUGGGAUGGCCAUGGCAGAACCUUGAUUUUGUGGUCAGUAAACCAUUUUUGUGUGAUUUUGAUGUUGGUUUUGGAUCAUUGUCCUGCUGGAAGUUUCAACCAGGGCCCAUUGUAAACUUUCUGACAGAGGCAGUCAGGUUUAGAUUUUUUUUUUAAUCUGUUGGUAUAUGAUAGAGUCCAUGAUGCCAUGUAUCCACACAAGAUGUCCAGGACCUCUGGCAGAAAAACAGCCCCACAACAUUAAAGAUGCAGCGCCAUUUUUAACCGUGGGCAUUGGGUAAUUCAUCUCUGGUGUUUGCUGCCAAAAAGCUCUUUUUCUGUUUCAUCUGACCACAGGGGAAUCCGGUCUCAUUUGAAGUUCCAGUAGUGUCUGGCAAACUAAAGAUGCUUGAGUUUGUUGUUGGAUGAGAGCAGAGGCUUUUUUUCUUGAAACCAUCCCAAAUAACUUGUGGUGAUGUAGGUGACGUCUGAUUGUAGUUUUGAAAACUUUCUGACCCCAAGACACAACUAAUUUCUGCAGUUCUCCAGCUGUGAUCCUUGGAGAUUCUCUGGCCACUCGAACCAUCCUCCACACUGUGCGUGGAGACAAUAUAGUCACACGUCCUCUUCCAGGCCGAUUCUUAAGAUCUCCAGUUGAUUGGAACUUGUUAAUUAUUGCCCUGAUGGUGGAAAUGGGCAUUUUCAAUGCUUUAGCUAUUUUCUUACAGCCACUUCCCAUUUUGAGAAGCUCAACAACCUUUUGCCGCACAUCAGAACUAUAUUCUUUAGCCUAACCCGCUGUGAUUGAUUAAGGGAAUUUGGCCUGUGUGUUACAUCAUAUUUAUACCCCUGUGAAACAGGAAGUCAUGGCUGAACAACUUCAUGUUCCUAGUCACACAGGUGCACUAAUAAAUGUAAAAUAUGAAUGGGAAUAUACUUCAGAUAUAUUUUACUCAUAAGAAUUUUUAGGGGUGCCAAUAAUUGUGGCCAAUGUGUUUUGGAGAAAAAUAUUUAAUAAUGAGAUAUUCCCGUUUCAAUUGUUUUACUUCAGUUACUUCAAAAGUGGUGGUGGCAUAGUGGACUAAAGCACUGAACUGGUAAGCAGAAGGUUGCUGGUUUGAUCCCCACAGCCACCACCAUUGUGUCCUUGAGCAAGGCACUUAACUCCAGGUUGCUAUGGGGGGAUUGUCCCUGUAAUAAGGGCACUGUAAGUCACUUUGGAUAAAAGCAUCUGCCAAAUGCAUAAAUGUAAAUUAAAGGUUAGAUUUUUGUGAAUUCUUUGAAUGAAAGAUCAAAAGGAUAAACAAUGCAGUUUUUUUUUUUCCACAGCCUUCUUUGCUCAUAUUUUAAUUGUUCAUCUUUAUUGAUUAGUUUAUUAAUUCUCAUCUAUAUGUAACAGUGCUUAAAUUUGUAUUGGAAUUACCUGCAGUAUGAACGUGGAUCUUGCGGGAAUUAUUAAAACUGCGCAACAUUUUUAAAAUAAUUACUGCCACCUGGAAGAAAGGAUUUUUUGGGGGAAUUUUCAAUCUACGACCACACGGAAGCAUCUGAAACACACAGUGGACAGGAGGAGUUUAGUCAUUAUCAGUGUUGGGGGGUGGGGGGGGGGUAAUUCUAUACAACUUACUAAUUAAUACUUUAAAAUUGUAAUCAGAUUACUGACUACUGAUUACUACUUAGGAAAAAAGUAAUCAUGUUACUAAUUACUUUUGUGUUACUUAAGAUACUUUUAACAGAAAAGCUUUUAUUUUUCCACUCAAGGAAUUCAAAAUAAUAUCUAUUUUCCCAUAUUUAAUGUAAUGCACUACACUACUAUUUGAACAAAAAAUAAAACAUUUAUUACAGUAAUUAGAUAACACCCAACACUGAUAUCUGGAUUGCCUUUUUUCUAUGUCCACUACGUUGAUAGCCUUAAAAAAAUAAAUAAAUAAAAAAUUACGUUCUGGAGCACAAACAGUUUUUGUCAAGUGAUCUUAUUGGCUGUUUAAUAACUUGUGAUCGUUUGUUCUUUUGUUUAACUGGAAGAUUCCAAUAGAGUGAACUCAUGUUGGAUUUGAGCGGCGACGGCUGUUGUGUAUCUGGCGUGAUCUUUUGAAAACAGUAUGUUCAAAUUUUGCAGUCCAAAUCAGCACAAUGAAAUUGCUCAAAAUGAGCCAGUAAACAGUAUUACUUUGUCACUCCUGGCUUAAGAACGGUUUUGCUGCUGGUAUUGCAAUAGAGGAAAACAAUGUUUCUAAUACUUAAAGGGACAGUUCACCCAAAAAUGAAAAUUAUCAUCAUCGUUUAUUCACCCUCAUGCCACCCCAGAUGUGUAUGACUUUCUUUCUUCUGCU